GGUGCCCUUAGGAAUGUUGGGUGUAAAUUGACUGAAAAUCAGAAGAUUAUAGCCAUGCACCGUUCCUUGCCUGAAUCUUGGGCCCAAAUCAAAAGAAUUCUGAACCAUACUGAUUCAAUCACUACGUUCAGAGACUUUUGUGGCCACUUGGUACGUGAGGUUGAUAUGAAUGCAAUUCAGCCAGGUUCGGCCAAGGCCUUUGUAGCAGAGACCCAUAAGCGAAAAGCUAAUAAUAAACGGUUCAAAGCUCGCAAGAAGACGAAGAAGAAUAAUCAAGAACAGAAGACCACAACACCUGCUCCAAAUCUCAAGAAGGGGAAUGGAAAGAAGAAGCAGAAAAAGACAAAUGUAAUCUGCUUUGUCUGUGAAAAUUCUGGCCAUUAUGCUCGGCAGUGUGCCCACAAAAAGACGGCGCAACAAAGCACGUGACACAGAGUCGUCGAGGACUCGAGAAAUUCCAGCGUGUAGCCAAAGGAAGUUACAAGCUGUACAUGGGCAAUAACGAUGUUGAAGACGUACUAGGGAUUGGCGUUCUCCAUCUCCGUACGCGCAUAGGGCAAACAAUAAUCCUUCGUGAUACUCUUUUUGCACCGGGGAUGCGUCGGAAUUUAAUUUCUGUUUCUAGGUUAUUAUUUGAUGGUUUUGAUAUUCGAUUUUUUGGGACUAGAGUUUCUUUGAGACUGAAUAACCUCAUCUUUGCAUGGGAAAAUUUAAUUUCAGAUUUAUUUAUUCUAGACGUAGAUUGUGAUAAUGCCCCUCUUGCUUUAUCUGCUAUGUCGAAUAAAAAUGUAGUAUCUGAAUCUCAAAAAUGGCACGCGAGGUUAGGUCACAUCGGAAAGGAUCGUAUGACAAGACUAGUACGUUCUGGUCUGUUAGACUCCUUAUCCAAAGUUGAUUUGCCAUUUUGUGAACAUUGUGUGUCCGGGAAGACAUCGAAGAAACCAUUUCCCAAAGCGGCUAGGUCUAAGGGCACACUAGAGAUAAUCCAUUCAGAUAUCUGUGGACCAUUUAAUGUACAUGCCAGAAACGGAUGUCAAUACUUUGUCACUUUCAUUGACGAUUACUCGCGCUAUGGAUAUGUGUAUCUCAUCUCACACAAAUCUGAGGCUUUUGAUUGUUUUCUUAAAUAUAAAGCUGAGGUGGAAAAUCAGCUUGAGAAAAAGAUUAAAACCCUUCGAUCUGAUAGAGGUGGCGAGUAUACAUCUGAAACGUUUAAAUCAUAUUGUGAAAACGUUGGAAUUGUUCGGCAGUACACAAUGGCUUACACUCCACAACAAAACGGUGUUGCA